AUGAGAAGAAAACCUUAUUUACUCAACGAAAGAGAUGAAUACGGAAGAACAUUACUUUAUUUGGCAGCAAGAAAUGGUUACUACGAUAUUUGUAAUUUUCUUCUAAGAGCCGGAUGUAAAAUUGAUGAAACUCAAAAGGACGGAAGUACUGCUCUGCAUGGAGCAUCUUUUUAUGGACAUGAGACAAUCGUUCAACUAUUACUUGAAUAUGAAGCAGAUCCGAACGUAAUCAAUAGAUUUGGACAUCGACCUUAUGAUGAAGCCAGUAGUAGAAUAAUCAAUGAUUACAUCUCAUCGAAAACCCACGAUAAAAUAAAUGAAUUAUUGAAUCGUUUGAAACACGAUGGACUAGCUAAAAAUUUUGUUCUUUUAAAACAUCAUGAUCGAAUUAUUGCUAAAAAAAUAUUGAGAAAUAUAGAAUCCCACGCCGAAUAUCCAGCAUCAUAUUAUACUAAAAAAUGGACAUUAGCUUGGCAUGGUACAAAAUAUCAACAUUUAUAUUCGAUUAUGAAAUAUGGAUUACAUCGGGCCGGUGCUCUUGUCUCGCCUGGAUAUCGAAUAGCUCCGGAAAAAGGUCAUAUUGGUUUGAAUAUCAGAGUUGGCGGAUUCGAUAAUUGGGCUAAUGCUAUAUUUGUUUCACCAAGUGUAUUUUAUGCAGCACAUAAAGUCUAUGCUGAGAGAAUAUUUUCUGGUGGAAAACAAUGGUGUGUUCUAGUUGAAACAAGAGUGAGACCAGACUCAUUUAGUCAGCACAAGCACACUCUAUUGAAAAAAGAUGAACUUCCAGGUGAACCAAAGAAUGUUGAAUAUAGAGUAGCCGUGAAAAGUGACGAUGAUCUCAUUUUACGAGUAGAAUCAGAGAGAAAUGUUUUAGUUACUGCUGUGGUAUUUAUAAAUGUAGAAUUUCUCGAAAGUAUUGAUGAAUAUUGUGAAGGACAAGUAUUCGCUAAUUCUGAAGCUGAACGAGCUCUGUUUCAAUGA